AUGGUGGCUCUGGCUGCACUGGGCCCUUUGCGAAUCCUACUCUGCCACUUCUUACCUGCGGAUGCAGAGGUCAUUUUGAACAACCAUGUCUCGACCAGCAUGUGGCUCCGUGCUCGGCUUGUUUGGCUACCUGCCUUCUGCCCUGACGUGGUUGCUGCUUGCAUUGAUGUCAUGUGGGCGGCGCGUGAAAAGAGGUGCUGCAGCACCACGGACAAAGAGGGCUUGUGGUACACUGCAGCCUAUCCGGAGUCAGAAUGGUUGCGUGCACUCGGCCUAAUGGCCUCGCGCUACAAGGACAACCCACUUGUUGUGGGCUUUGACCUUCGCAACGAGAUCCGGCCAUCAGGCAUUGUUUGGCCUGGGUGGCACACCAAAAACAACCUAACCGAUUGGGCGGCAGCUUCGGUGAGAGGCGCCCAUCGUGUGCUGAACGCAAGUGACAACAUGCUGAUCAUCAUCUCGGGUGUGUAUUUUAGCCUUUUUCUGUGCCAGGUUCCCACCUACCCAGUUCACUCAGAGGUUCCCUUCUUAGCGGGCCGUGUUGUCUACACAGCCCAUGAGUACAAUUGGUUUAACUUCCAUUUCCUUGCCAGGGAGAUUAUCCAGAUCUACUGCAUGGUGGUUGCAGUCACGUUCUUGAUGUGCUGGUUCCUCACCCUCCUUGUUCGACGUGCGCGUGGAAGGCCGGGACCGGCUACGCAGCGGCUCCUCGGCUGCUUCUACCUCCUCGCGGGAUGCGUGCGAUGCCAGCGCUGCCGCUGUCGGGCUGGCGCUCGCGCUGAAGACCGCCAGCAAAAUGGGCCCAGAUGCGGCUUGGAGUUCACGGCAGCAGCGCUUCUAACAGCAUUGUGUGCCCUUUGCCUUAAAAUCUUUCCAGCCUUUGUGCAAACCUGCGCAUUUGAUGGGUUUUUGGCAGCCACUCUGUGUGCGGUUUUCGCACCAACUUUAGCUGUGGUGAGCCUGGUCCUUUGGAUCAGAGCUGUGUUCCUCGCUUUUAUGCAGCACCUGGAGCCAGCUGACUUGCGAAUGCCACGGCCAAACUCGCGCACGUUGCCUUUGUCACCUUUGUCAGGGCAUGAGGAGACAGGGCCUUCUGAGCCACGGAGCCAGCUCAGUUGCGCAUGGCACGUGAAGCAGUGUCGGUCACUGGGCUGCUUGUGCCUCCUCACGGCCUGCGUGGCAUUCUUUGGUCUGGCAGUGGUCUGGGUGGAGUUUGGUUCCUACGAGGCCUUCGAGAGGGAGCUCAACUUUAAGUGGGGCUUCCUGUUAUCCGCAGGCAACGCGGCUCCCGUCUGGCUCGGUGAAUUUGGAACCAACACCCAAUCUCUCUGGUGGAAGCAUAUGCUCGCUUAUUUGCAGAAGCACGAUUUGGACUUUGCAUACUGGAGUGUCAAUGGAGAGAAGUCAAAUGGUCAACCUGAGUCCUUUGGACUCUUCAUGGAAAACUUCGUCGACCUGCGGCAGCCCUGGAAGAUUCAGCAGCUGCAGGCCGUUAUGAAUGCCACGCGGGCUGGCUCAGAGCGCGAGUGGAGCGUCUCCAUGAUCUAG